AUGUCGAGAAUGAGUGUUCAAGAUGAUGAUAAUCUUGAGAAGGCUAUACGAGCUGCAAAUGAAACUUUGGCAAAAAUUGAACAACAAGAAAGAAAUUUUUAUAAAACAUAUGGAAGAAAUGAAAAUGAUUUCCUGAAUGAUUUUAUUUCUGUAAGCAAACAACGUGAAGAAAUUGUACCAAAACAGUUUAUGAAACGAUUCGAUCAAUUAAUUUCCGAUGUAAAUGCACAAUUGAAGAUAUUAGAAGCUAAAACACAUUUGAUACCGGAAAGUUAUUCACGUGAAACAAACGUUGUGCGUAGUAACACUUCUACUAUGGAAGAAUCUUUUGCGCCAAGUAAAAAUGAGAAAAAUGCACCAUCAAAUACAUCUUCAUCAACAACUGAUUUAUCACUAGGAUACAGUGAUUCAAAUCAAUUUGAGCAAAUUGAUAUCGAAUUGAUGCAAUUAGAACAACGUUUAGUUAACAUUGAAAUGCGCAUUAAAGAAGAUGUAGAAGCAGAGGAAAUUGGCAUUGAGUUUCCGAUUGCUGAUAUCAUCGACUAUGUGACAGCAAUUAAAGUAACAAUGUAUAAACGACAUUUGUUAACGAAUCAAUUCCAUCAAAUUGUCCUGGCUGAGAAAAAAUUUGAAGAAGAAGCGAAACUGUUGACAAAGGAUUUUGUUGUUUGGACGAAAGAGAAACGUGAAGAUUUAUUAACAAAAAUGGCUCACUUAGAAGAUUCGUUGACUAAGCUUCAACAGCUUCCAAUGGUUUACGGUGAUGAAUUUAAUAAGUAUUAUCCUCUAAUGGAUGAUCUGGGCCUUCUAAAACGUUUUGUGUCACGAUUUUUAGACAAAUACGAAAUGAACAGUAGUAAUUCAGUUCCAACGGCAGGAUUAACUUCAUCAUUAUCUCAACAUACAGAAAGUCAAAUAAGUGUGGAUAAAUCAGAAUCAUUGAUAAAAGAAACAUCAAAGGACGAUAGAAAACAUAAAGUAUCAUCGAAGGAAAAAAGAAUGAAAAACACGAAUCCGAUUCCGAUAUUCAUACUGCGAUAG